AUGGCGUCGCGGGUCCACGCUACUACCGGCCAAACUGGAACGCGGAAAGAGAAGAUGGGAUGGGCAUCGGAGAGCCUUUUUAGGUUGCUUUUCGCGGGUAUGGUAUUUAACGGCUAUCAAUAUCUUGUCGUUGGAGUCUUCACUCUUGUUAUAAGCUUCCCUGUUGCAAUCACGCAUGCUGUUGCACCUUCUCUGGAUGUUUCGUCUUUGAACCGGACCAGUUUUCCCUCAGGUUUCAUCUUUGGCACUGCCUCCUCAGCCUACCAGUAUGAAGGUGCUGCAAAUGAAGGAGGUAGAGGACCAAGUAUAUGGGAUACCAUUACUCAUAAAUAUCCAGAAAUGAUAUUGGAUAGAAGCAACGGAGAUGUAGCUGUUGAUCAAUAUCAUCGCUAUAAGGAAGAUGUUGGGAUCAUGAAGUAUAUGAACACUGAUGCCUACAGAUUCUCCAUCUCGUGGUCAAGGAUAUUACCAAAUCUUCUGCCAUUUGUGACCCUUUUCCAUUGGGAUCUUCCCCAAGCCUUAGAAGAUGAAUACGGUGGCUUCUCAAGUCCUCAUAUUAUAAAUGAUUUCCAGGACUACGCAGAGCUAUGCUUCAAGGAAUUUGGAGAUAGAGUGAAAUAUUGGACUACUUUUAAUGAGCCAUGGAGUUACAGUAUGGGCUCAGAACCCUACACGACCUCACACUACCAACUGCUUGCUCAUGCAGCAGCUGUCAAAAUUUAUAAAACCAAUUAUCAGGCACCUCAAAAUGGUUUGAUAGGCAUCACCUUAAAUUGUCACUGGUUUAUUCCGUUCUCAAAUGACAAAUUAGAUCAUCAAGCUGCCCAACGAGCUCUUGAUUUCAUGUUGGGAUGGUUUAUGCAACCACUUACAAGAGGAAAAUAUCCAAAAAGCAUGCAGUCUUUGCUGGGAAGCCGAUUACCAAACAUCACUAAAGAGCAAUCAAAGCUACUUGUUGGCUCGUUUGAUUUUGCCAGUUCAUCUUGGCUUUAUGUUUAUCCAAGAGGACUUCGAGAACUAUUGUUGUACAUCAAGAUAAAGUAUAACAGCCCUGUAAUUUACAUAACAGAAAAUGGUAUGGACGAGCACAAUGAUCCAAAACUAUCACUCGAAGAGUCACUCAUGGAUACUUAUAGAAUUGACUACUUCUAUCGCCAUCUUUAUUAUAUUUUAAUUGCAAUCAAGGAUGGGGUGAAAGUACAUGGAUAUUUUGCAUGGUCGCUUCUGGACAACUUCGAAUGGACUUCUGGCUACACCAUGCGUUUUGGAAUUAACUUCAUCGAUUACAAGGACAAUUUGAAAAGACACCAAAAGCUCUCUGCUCAUUGGUUCAGGAAUUUUCUUAAUAAAGAUGGACUCGUUCCAUGA